AUGAAAUCACCGAUUCCCGACUAUCUCAACCAUGUUCUUGAAAAAGCACGACCCAAUGAUUCGGGAGCGCCUGCUGACUACAUAGACACUCUAGCCAGGGCGGACACGUCCAAAUUGGCAGUGGCCCUGGCAAUGGUGGAUGGCAACUUGUACUCAGCCGGAGACGACCAAGUCGAGUUCUCUAUCCAGUCCAUCUCGAAAGCGUUUGUCUAUGCACUGGCAAUUGAAGAUGCAGGGUUGGCACAGGUAUUGGAAAAGAUUGGCGUAGAGCCAUCGGGCGACGCAUUCAACCGGCUGUCACUCGAGCGGGGCACCAACCGGCCCAUGAACCCCAUGAUCAACGCCGGAGCCAUUACUGCCCAUUCUCUCGUCGUAGGACCCAAUGCCACCGUGGAACAGCGGACAGAUCGGAUCCUGAAAACGCUAUCCAGGCUCGCAGGUCGGCAGUUGCACGUAGACGAAGAAGUGUACGAGGCUGAGCUCAAGGAUGCCAACCGCAACAUGGCCAUCGGCUUCAUGCUCAAGGCAGCUGGCAUCAUUUCCUGCGAUCCACAGGAGGUCGUCAGGGGCUACAUUCGCCAAUGCUCGAUUAAUGUCAACGUUCGCGAUCUGGCCCUGAUGGCCGCAACUCUUUGCAACGCCGGCGUACACCCAAUCACCGGCGAGAGCAUUAUUCCUCAAACGAGUGUUCGCCAGGUCCUUUCCGUUAUGACCACUUGCGGCAUGUACGACGCCGCGGGUGACUGGGUUUCCAACGUCGGCAUCCCGGCCAAGAGUGGUGUCGCUGGAGGCAUCAUCGGCGCUCUACCAGGUCAAGUCGGUAUCGCCGCCUUCUCACCCAGGCUUGAUGACCGCGGCAACAGCGUGCGAGGCGUGGCGAUAUGUGAGCAACUGUCGAGGGAUAUGGGUCUGCAUAUGAUGGAAGCCAGCCAAAUCGCCAGGGCCACCGUGCACACAUCAGUGGCAACCAUCGUUGGAGGCGAGGGCGAGCCGCAUACCUCAAACUGCCAAAAAGAAGUCCUCAUUUUCAGUCUUAGAGGUGCGGUUCGCUUCGCAGGUUCCGAGCGCCUUACUAGGGCUAUUACACGCGAACUUGGCCCUCCAAACCCAGACGAUCCUGGCUCUGGAGGUCACGCGAACGCCUGCGCGAUUGUGUUUUCAUUCCGUGACGUAUAUUCUCUGAAUGCAAUCGCACGAAGACUUAUACAUGAGAACAUAGAUCGACUACUCUUGGAUGAUAGGAGCGUCGUUAUUGUCGACCCAUCAGAGGUUCUGCAAAUGGACACGAGUUGUGACGGCAAGACCCGGCAUCCAUUCAUCGUCAAGUCUGAGACCGAGGCGCGGAAUUUCAUCGGAGGAGUAGGCUGCCAAGCUGUUUUCAAGAAUGAAAACUGGUGA